UGGUAAUUUGCCGGGAUGUUUCUCCGUAGAGCUGUGAUCGCCGCCGGGGGUUCUGCUGUCGCUCUUUUUGCCGCCGUGUCUGUGGGGAAGAGCGGGGAUGACUUGGUGUCUCUCUGGCCCCAUGUGCACCCUGGACGCUGGGAUAGGAACUGGGAUUAGUGAGUACCUGCUGGGAGAAUUAAAGCAUCCUGUGAUGGGAUGUCCUGUACCGGGGCUGGAAUAUCCGUACUGAGCGCUAUAGAGCAGACACUGGGAUCCUCUGCAGUCUGGGCCCAGGAGCUGACAAUCUAACAGGAAGCUGCCAUUAGUAUAGGGAGCUGAGAGCAUUCUGCUUCAAAUCCAGGGGCUAUCCGCAGAAUUUAAUUAUCCUGAGUCCUAGGGGUGUGGGGUUUUUUUUUUUUUUUUUUUUUCUUUGAGACGACAAAAGUAGUAUUGUGUUAAUUGAUGGUGAGAAAAAGUUGACAAAUGGUGCCACCUCCAGUUACAAAUACAUCAUUACAUAGUCAAAUAGGACUUACUAACUUUUGUUUCUGUGUGGGAUAUACUUGCUCUCGCAGUCUGUACAGAGCAAGCAUGCAGCGAUGAAUAAUGACCCACUGCUCAUUUCUGCCAUAUUUCCUUGGGUCUUAUGUAUUUUUGUUUGGUCUCAAAUCUCUCAAGUGAAAACUCAUACUUUCCUCUAACACGUUCUACCUUUUUUGUUUGGUUUACAGAAUUAACACUAACAAGCCUGGUGUCUUUGUUCUGGGAUGGAUACUCUGGUGGCAACAUACAAUCUGUGUGCAGUGUCAUACUGACGUGCUGCGUGCACACAUAGUCCUUGCACUAUGACUAUCAUGGGAUAAAGUCAGGCUUUUUGAGAAGUAGCAUCCAUCUGGCUGGUCUCUUGUCUGGUUCAAGAUAACUUGCAACAUAUGAAAUCUUGUGCACUUAUUGCAGCCACUUCAAAUCUAUAUUUUUUUUAUUUUUUUUGGGUGUAUAUUAUCUUGUUUCAAACAGCCGUUCUAGCCUUGACUAUCCCCAUUAGUCGCUUUAAUCUCAGUGAAAUUGUCAUUUUUAACCCUGCAGUGUUAUUUAUAUCCACCUUGUUGCUCUCAAUGGAAGACCAGAAAAAGGUAAGUAUUUACCGGGAUACUGUCAGGGGUAGGCAACCUUUGGCACCCCAAAUGUUGUGGACUAUAUCACCCAUAGUGCUGGCAAAGCAUCAUGGGAGGUGUAGUCCAAAACAUCUGAAGUGCCGAAGGUUGCCUAUGCCUGCUGUUGAUCAAUGUUUUCUUGGCAUUAGAACUCCCUAUACUGCCUCCUUUUUCCCAUAAUGCAGAGGGGAUUUAAAAAAAAAAAAAAAAUUGCUUAACUGAUUCCAGUGCUGAUUCAGGGCCCUCUUCUGCGCAUUAGGGGACCAUUGCCGCAGUUCAUUAAACUGCAAUAAUCACCACUGUUAAGGGAUACCCAGACCACUUUAAUAAGCUGAAGUGGUCUGGGUGCCUAGUGUCCCUUGAAGUGUUAAAAGGACACUCCAGACCCAAAACUCUGUUUAGCUUGCUGAAAUUCUUUGUGUAGUGUCCAUUCAUCUUACAAAGAACAGAUUUCAAUAAAAACCUUUAUAAACUAACAUUGUUAUGCCCAAUGGCUUUCAAGCAGAUAGUCUUGAUACUUAUUGGUUUAUUUAGCUCAAGCGGUCUUGCAUUGCAUAUACACGCAAUGAGAAAAUGCAUAAUUUUUUAUUUAGGGCAUAUCUACUAAACAGUGACUUUGCUCUUGUUCAGUGACAUGUCCUUUUUAAGAACAAAAGUAUUUGUUAAUUUUGGUGUGUAUAUGUAAAAGCUGUGCUGUUUGUACAGGUGACAAAUAUAGGUCAUAAACAUAUGAAAAUACAUUUCCACAGAUCUGCCUUAUGAUUUUCUUACUGAACUCUUUAAAUGUCUAUUCUCCCCACCCCAAAACAGCCGUGAACCAAUGUCUCUAAUUAAUUUGAAUGAUCUGAAAGGGUGCACAGAAAAAGACCGUGAGGACAAGCUGACAAAAUGUGAUGCUAAAGUCAGUCGACACAUCUACCUGAUCAGACAUGGUCAGUACAACGAUGCUGACUGUGAAUCUGAAAGGACCCUAACUGGCAAGGGUGAGACUUUGUAGUAUUAAGUGACUGUCUGUCUGAAACAUCUACAUUGACUUUCUUAAUUGUCCCUUUAAACAAAGCUGUGCUCCUUUUUGUAACAUUUUGAAUGUUUUUUUUUUUUUUCCAUCUAAUCCGCUUCAGCUGAUGAAACCAGCUGGCAAGUGAUUUCCUUGAUCCCAUGGUUUUUUUUUUUUUUUUUGUGAUAAAGAACCUUUCCACAACCAAAAAAACUUUAAGGGUGAGGCGUAUUCUAGUUUAACACUACUUUACAAAAGUGCUGAUUUCUAUGAGAAAUUGGUCCUUUAAUGCUUUUACUAGGGGAAAAUCAUCCUGGCAGCCAGCCAGUGAGGUUUGCAUCCUUUCUGUUACUUCCACUGACUUAACAGAAGUGGCAGGCAUGCUCUACUUAAAGGACCACUAUAGGCACCCAGAUCACUUCAACUCAAUGAAGUGGUCUGGGUGCCAGGUCCAUCUAGGAUUAACCCUUUCUGCUGUAAACAUAGCAAUUUCAAAGAAACUGCUAUGUUUACCUAUGGGUUAAUCCAGCCUCUAGUGGCUCUCAUUGACAGCUGCUAGAGGCACUUCUGCGCUUCGCACUGAUCUUCAGUGAGAAGACGCCAGCGUCCAUAGGAAAGCUUUGAGAAGUGCUUGUGCUGCACAUUCAGCCGAUGACUGGGAAAGGAGGUGGAGUCCCCACUGCUGAGGCGCCCAGGUGGAGAAAAGGUAGGUGUUUAACCCCUUUCUCACCCUACAGCCCGGUGGGAGGAGUGACCUCAGGGUGGGUGGGCCUAGAGACACUAUAGUAGGGAAAACACUUGUUUUCCUGGCACUAUAGUGGUCCUUUAAGUGUGCCUGUCUCCCUCCACAGACCUCAAACCAGACAUGCACAUUCAAUGGUGUGCAUGUACAAAUCAAAGUGCACAUGGGCACCAACUCUCAGGCUUCUCAAUGAGAAGCCUCUAAUUCUUCUCAUGUAAAGAGGCUGACAGGGGGAAGAGGAGCACUUGCUAAGGAUACAGUUCAUAAGAUCUGGGGGUGGAUUUAGCAGAACUUCAUUUCCCACUAUUGCAGCCUUCAUUUUGACUCUAUGCUGCAUUGUUUAAGACCAGUGCUUCUACUGCAGUGUGAAGAGACCAUACCUGACAGCUUUCCCUCAGCUCCAAGCCUUGACUACAUUCUCCCCUGCAGUCUCUAAUAAGCCUACCUGGCCCCAUGCAUUGAGUUCCUCACUCCACUGCAGUGUUAUCCAGGCAGGAAGUUAAUACACUACUCCUGAGGCAGGACUUCUAGUAGUGACCUCAAAUAGUAAAGUAUCAGUUUAGUUCAGUUCAAUUUCUAUAUGCAAUGUCUUUUAGCACUGCAGACUACACUUCCUUGAGAAAUAGUGUAGCAGAACUAGUUACUGGUGAGGCAUAAGGGCCCUAAAGCAUACAAAGAUAGAGGGGAUUUAAAAAUAAAUCUAGUCACUAUGUGACAACAAAUAGUAACCUGAAUAUAUUGAUAGAAUAGAGUUCACUUUAGGAAGAUUUGAAGCACUGGUGACUUGUAGGAACUCUAAAAGGCAAAUGUUUGCUUUAAAAUGCAUCAUUUUUAUAUGCCUACCUAAAUCUAGUGUCUGUAGGCUGCAGUGUCCCUUUAACUACAUUCUGUUCUUCCCCCUUCUUUAGGACGUGAACAGGCAGACUUGACUGGACAGCGUCUGGCAACUCUUGCAAAUGAAGGGAUUAACUUUAAUGGCAUUGUUUAUUCAUCUCUGACCAGAUCCACAGAAACUGCUGAUAUCAUCAGCCGUCGCUUACCAGGUGAGGUGUGCAGGGAAUAAUGGUUCUACAAGAAAUGAUCUUGUGAAUAGACCAUUUAAUUAUGUUCAAGGUAAAGCAGAACCAAAAUGUUAUCUGUACAUGUUCUCGUCUCAGAGCCAAACGACACUUGCAUGAUCUGCAUCUCUGAUGGCAGCAAUCAGGCUUGUUCACUAAAUUGCAAAUCAGGCUGUGUGGCUUCUACCAAACUAGAGCAGUCCCUGUUCUGUGAUUGAAUCUGUGGUAGGGGAUAAAGUGCUUAUCCUAUAAUCCCCCAUUUUAGCAGGUGUUCGAUAUAAAAUCAGUCCCUGUAGACCAGAAUGUAAUUCUUCUGAUACCAGCAUACCCUCCCAUGUGGUCACUCGUUUGUAGCUGUUACUAAGGGAGACUUGGUAGAGCAUAGUUUAAAAACAAAAACAUGACUAAUUGUCAGGGGUGAUGGUAUCCCUAGAUAUAGGGUCUAGACGAACACUAAAAGGUCACUCCAGUAAUACUGACUGCACCUUCAUAACUUUUCAUUUUUAUCUUUUUUUCAAAGACUUCUAAAAUCCCAAAGUGCCAUACUUGUCUGUCUUGUAUUAAAAUAAUGAAUUAAUCAAAAACUCUAAAAUCACAUCUAGCAUGGUUUGUAUGAUUGUAUACUUCAAUUUAUGCUAUUUACAAAGCUGAAAUGUGAUACCAAUUCUAGUCUUAGUGAGUUCUCUCCUCUAUCCAACUACAUUGUAGUAACCCAGUGUUCCCUUCUAUAGGUAUUAAAAUGUGUAGCUCUAACUUGCUUCAUGAAGGAGCUCCAACCCGGCCAGUACCUCCAGAAUCCAGGUGGCGACCAGAUCUUGAUGUAAGAUGGCUACCUGAAACAAUAUAAUGGGUUUCUGGGUUUUAAUGUUCCUUUUAGCAUAUGGUUCUCCAUUUCAGUAUUUUAAAGAUGGCCCACGCAUUGAAGCUGCGUUCAGGAAGUACAUCCACCGUGCGGAUCCAGAGCAAACCAAAGACAGUUAUGAGAUUAUAGUCUGCCAUGAUAAUGUCAUCCGCUACUUUGUAUGCAGGUAAAUGCUAUUUAGUUACUGCCACCAACUAAUAUCAUUCUUCUCAGCAGAUGGGCUGGUUCUACUAAGGCUGACUUUGACUGUUGUAUUUACAACUUCUGUUGUAUUUACAACUACAAGUAUUGGCAUUUAAGGGUAAAGAUCACUAGAACAAAUUUUUUAUUUGUGUAGACAGGCAACUAUCUAAUCAUAAAUUAACCAAUUACCCAGGAUUCUUGAUUGAUAACUUAGAUGCACAAUAACAAGUGUGUAAAUUCAUAACCUUUUUCUUGACCUGUAGAGCACGAAUCUCUCACCUCUUGUAUAAUUCCAAUGUAUACCUUCACAGGGCACUGCAAUUGCCACCUGACGGUUGGCUUAGGAUGUCUCUGUACCAUGGAAGCAUUACCAAGAUGGUGGUCUAUUCCAAUGGGGAUGUGUCGUUGAUUACACUUGGUGAUGCUGGAUAUAUGCCCCCGGGGAAACUUUCUGGUGCAUAGCUGGACUUCGCUUGGAGACAUCUUCUGUGUUGGACUUGUUUUGACUAUACCUACUGGUGUGACAAGCAGGACAUGUUACAGAAUCAUUGAAACCUUUUCCAGCCUUAUUCUAAUUAUUGCACCAAUAGGGGUGAUUGCACACUUGGUUUCAUAGACCAGAACACUUGAGGCCUUGUCAGUGGAAAGUUUGCUCUCUCGUAUUUGGAGUUGGUGCAAUAAUCUGACAAAACUGUAGCAGGGAUGCUGGGACAUGUUUACUCAGUGGUGUUUUGCACAGAAAAC